AUGUUUGUUUGGAUGUACAACGACCCAGCUCCCAGGCAAAAGCUGCAAUCCAACGCCUACCCGGAUAUCUUCCCCUACUCCCCUGCUUCCCCGCUUUCCGAACCUACCGUACCGAAACAACCGAUCGAGCGUUCGAAACAAAAGAGACCGCACCAGCCGCUCGGAGCUUCGGACUCGUUUCGGUUCGAUCGAGCGCUCGCCAAUGAGAUGACGACGAUACGAAAGCCAUGCUACCAUUCCCAGAUCUCCCCCAGGGCGCAGGGCUUUCGCUGCGCACGCACACAGGGUCGUAUGUCGUCGGAGGCUUCCCGGCGCAUAUGGGUUUGCGUCUCACCAGAUUCAAAGUCGUACAGCCGCAGUCCAGGUGAUCGGGGCAACGCAUUUGCGAGCUUGCCAUUCGUCCGGUCCGGGGCGGUCACGAGGAAGUCAGGGGGUCAGACAGUCAGGCGACUGCGAGGAUCAGUUUCGAACGAAGCUCUGUUUCCAGGCGAGAAGUGGCAAGGUUUCAUCGACGGGGGACGUGGCGUACUGUAUCCAACCGAAACUCGCUACUGUGGCGAACUCAAACAUCAACAUCACAUGUCUGACACAGCGCGAGCACAGCUGAUCCAAAAUCGACGACGUCGCUCAAUGAGAUCCCAGAUCGACCGCCCUCCUCCUCCCCAAGACGGGAAAAGAAAGGGUGAUCGACCUGGGCCUCUCAGUUUGUCCAGCAAAAACUGGAUCUCCGCUCUAUCCCAAUCCCCAUGCUGCGAUCAACAGGCUUUCCGAAAGAGCCUACCCGGCCCGCUCACUCGAAGAGACGGAGACCAGGCGAGGUCGAUCGUACUUGCCAGCAAUGCCGGAGCAAAAGGGAAAGGGAGUGAUUCGUAUUGUACGAGGGAUGGCGAGCGGAGGACUAUAUACCUGGACCGAAACCCGAUUGCGUAUAACCUUGCUCCGUCUCUCUACGUUCAGAAUUCCCGAUUCACAUACCGCGCGAGAGAGGUUGCUAGACAAAAGCGUCUGAGCGACCUCCACCUGAAGCGUUCCGAUAGCCCUGCUUGCGAACAGGGAGGAAGCACGUCAUAG